AUGGCUGAGAAUCGUGUGCCUCGUCACGAGAGUUAUGAGACUAAGGAAGAGUCUAAGAGCUCCCAUGAUUCUGAGCGUACGGUUACGUCACAUGAGGCAUCUCAUGCGCGAUCCGAUCAUACCGACACCUCUACACCUGUCGUUCCAGCUGCCGUCACAGCCGAACAGUUUGAGACUAUGCUAAAGAUGUUCCACGCGCAGCAACAACAAAAUCUUCUUCUACAACAGCAGGUGCUUCAGUCACUUAACGCUGGAUCUUCAAAGGAUAGUUCUGGGCACGAUUUAGGGGCGUCACAAGCAGAGGGUAUUCAAAGGUUAGCCCCUAAGACGUAUGAUGGCAAGGGUCCUCCUACUAAGCUAGACGAUUGGAUCCGGGAGAUGGAGAAGAUAUUCGCGAUACUGAAGACACCCGAGGAUAAGAGAGUAGAUCUAGCGGUUCAUUACCUGACCGGUGACGCCAAUACUUGGUGGGUCACACAUAGAGAUGCUCUUCUAUCAGCUCCUUCCGCAGCUACAUCGGAGCACCCUUCUAUCGUAUCUCCUCUUCCCUGGAGCUUGUUUGUGUCAGCGCUUCACGACGAGUUCUUUCCUCUACAUCUUCAGCGAAGGAUGUUCGAUGAGUACUCUCGACUUACGCAGGGAACCCAGACCGUUCACCAGUACUACGUUCGAUUUAUGGAAUUAGCUAAGUAUGUGGACGACAUGAAGAUUGGGGAGAGAUUCAGGGCUCAGAGGUUCUUAUCAGGGUUAAGUUUGGAUAUCCGGGAACGUAUGAGAAACCUGGGACAUGAACAUGCCACUCAAGGGCUGAAGCGACGCAGAGAGGACACCCAUGAUAUAUUACAAAAUUUUGGGGGUAGACGAUUUCUAACACCUACACAGUUCCACCGAGAGCCAAGAUCUAGUUUUGGGAGAUCAACCUUGAGCACUCCUCAGAGUAGUAAGAACAUCGAGUAUUAUCAUUGUGGGAAGAAGGGUCACAAGAGGGUUGACUGCUACAAGUACAUACGUGAGCAAGGUUUAAGAGGUACACCGCAAGGUCCAGCGCAGAAGCCGACCGGCAGUCAAGCUGGUGUGACUCAGGAUAGAAGGCAGGGUCGACCGCAGGCACCUUUUGGGCGUGGUUCACAGAGUCAGGGGUCUGCUAUGGGAAGUUCAUCUAGACCAUCGGUCGGUACACCAGUUAGCGGCACCAAGGCCACAGGGAAGCUUAUGACUCUCAAGAGAGAUGAAGCAGAGUUGCAUUUGCCUAAUUCGCUUGAGAUAAAUAGUGAGUUUACACAACCAUCGGGCGAGAGAAUCUUAUGUCAGCGAGCGUACAAGGAUAUAGCUUUAGACUUCAUGGGAAUGGAUUUACGCGUAGAUUUGAUAGAGUUUCCUUUAGAUAAUUUUGAUGUUAUCUUGGGUAUGGAUUGGUUGAGGAAGUAA